AUGAUGUCCUCGGGCAGCAACCGGGCGGGGAAACACGGCGCCACGAACCGGGCCUCAGCGGCGGGUAUGAGCCACGAUGCGGUGAAAUUGCUGAAGACGCAGGACGCGGGCUACUUGCGGACCGUGGGGGAGCGGGUACGCCGGCAGCUGGAGAAGGUGGAGCAGGAGGUACGGUUGCAGGAUGGGUUGCAGGAGAUAUUUGGGGGGAAGGAGAAAGAGGACGAUGGGGAGGAGAUGGAUGAGGAUGAGGAUGAGUUCGGGUUUGAUUUUGGGGAUGAGGAUGUGAAGAAGCCGAGGAAGAUGGUGUUUGCGGAUGAUCAGGUGGAGCAGAGGUCGUUGCAGAAGAAGAAGUUGAGGGACGAGGAGGAUGAAGAUGAAGAUGAAGAUGACGAGGAGGAUGAUUCGUUUGGAGGAAUGCAGAAACGCCAGCAGCAGAAGAAGUCAAGGAAAGAACUCGAGGCGGAACGUCAGGCCCUCGUAGAGGCCAGGCGCAUGCGCAAGACGAAAAAACGAGCGGCCGAGGCGCGUCAGAACAAGUUGAAGGCGCUGCAGAAACAACAUGCCGAUAUCACGGCGGCGUUGAACGAGUUGGACUGGCAACGAGCUCGCAUGGAGAACUCGGUGGGAGGCACGAAUAAGGAUGGGAUCAAGUGGAAGAUCCGGGAGCGCAAGAAGUGA